AUGGCAACCACAGGGAAGUUCGUCGAGAUUUACAAUGCUACUUACGACAACAACCGCGCAGCGAUUUCCAAGUAUUAUGUACGAUACUGCACCUGGCCUGAGACAUGGGGGAAAAAAUUAGUCGCUAACUCUCUGGACCAGCACCCUCAAGCUAUGCUCACCUUCGAGAGUGAAAACUUCGUCGGCUCCAGUGCCAUUUUUGAAAAGUUGAACAGCCUGCCUUUCCAACAAGUCCAGCACCUCGAACCCACCGUUCGUGUACAGCCCUCAGUCACAGACGGAUUCGUCCUCGUCAUGAUCACUGGGCACUUCGCGGCUUUGGGUCUGGACAAUUCUUUUGCCUAUAGCCAGGCCUUCCAGCUGAAAGUCCCAGACGCGCUUGACCCGAAUGUCCCAGCCGAGCAAAAUGCGGAAAAGUUUCAAAUCUGCAACGACUUCUUCAUGCUGAACUUUAAAUCAUGA